UCUAUUGUAUAUUUCACAUUUAUCUUGCCUAUUUUAUUAUAUAUUUCAGAUUUAGAUAGUGUUAGUCAAAUGAAACCUGGAAUAACAGGGUCGGCUGAUAUUAUAGAAGUUGCUCGAGAAGUUGAGAAGGAUCACAGUUUAUCCGAAGAUGCGGCUGCUAAAAUUGUUUCAGCUAAAAUGGCUGCCAGUCAACACCAUAGUUCUCUAUGGUAUCGUGUUAAUGCUACCAGAUUGUUGACUGGUGGGCAUAAACUUGUUCCUAACGUUAGUAAAACCAUGAAAGAGAUUUACGAGCAUGUACAACCGACAGAUGGUUCUGGUCGCCAUGGACCAGAAGAAUUAGAGAAAUUAAGUGAUGGUGGUAAAAAGGCUGUGAUAGAGUUUACAGCUUCAUCUUGUGCUGUAUUAGAGAGUGAAGGUAGUGUUAGAAUUGGUAUACGAAGAUUUGGUAAUACCAACUCUGAAGUAACAGUAAGUGUUGAAACUAUUGACGGUUCAGCUGAAGCAGGUAAUGACUAUAAACCUAUCAAACAAAAGCUUACGUUUAAACCCAAAGAAACGUUAAAAGAGAUAUUUAUAGAGAUUAUAGACGAUGACGUAUGGGAACCGGAUGAAUUCUUUUUUGUCAAGCUAUUUCUAGAAGAUGGACAAGAUUCGGCUGCAUCUUUGGGUAAAGUCUCCAUCAACCAAGUCACAAUAGUCAACGAUGAUGACCCAGGAAAGUUCGAGUUUUCUAAACCAAGUUAUAUAAUAAAAGAAAGUGCAGAUAAAGUAAUGUUAAAUAUAAACCGUGUAAAUGGCGCCGAUGGAGAGGUAUGCGUCUCCUGGAAAACUAAAGAUUUAAGCGCAAAGAAUGGAGUCGAAUAUAUGGGUGGAGACGGUAAAAUUCGAUUUAAACAUGGCGAAACUAGUAAAGUUCUCCCUAUACAGAUUAAUAAAAUGAUGGCUUCUGAACAUGAACCUAAUUUCCAAGUAGAGUUAUCUGGGCCAACAGGUGGUGCGGAAAUCGGUAAAAUAGCUAAAACCAUAGUAACCAUAAUAAAUGACGAAGAAUUUAACAAUAUGGUUUCUAGAAUUGCCAAUAAAACGAAGAAAAAUCUAGAUGGUUUAAGAUUAGACACUUCAUCAUGGGCUGAACAGUUUCACGAUGCCUUUAAUGUAAAUGGUGGAGAUGCUGAAAAUACAACAGUCUUAGAUUACAUCAUGCACUUUAUGACUUUCUUCUGGAAGGUUGUAUUUGCUUUUAUUCCACCACCAAGUAUUGGGGGAGGCUGGUUAACAUUCUUCCUUUCAUUAGCGAUGAUUGGUUUCCUUACUGCUAUAAUAAGUGACCUUGCCUCAGUAUUCGGUUGUUUGAUUGGUUUAUCAAAUACAAUAACCGCUAUUACUCUUGUUGCCUUGGGCACUAGUAUGCCGGAUACAUUUGCAAGUAAACAAGCUGCUAUAAAUGAAAUAUAUGCCGAUAGUUCAGUCGGUAACAUCAACGGCAGUAAUUCAGUCAACGUAUUCCUGGGCAUGGGACUUCCGUGGUUGAUAGCUACAAUAUACUGGAAGAUCAAGGGUAAAAAGUUUCAUGUUCCUACAGGUUCGCUUGGUUUUAGUGUGGUUCUGUACACGUCGUGUGCUGUAUUUGCCCUGGUUAUUCUGAUGUUAAGAAGAUACUUAUCCGUGUUUGGAAAGGCGGAGCUGGGUGGGCCGAAAGUACCAAAGAUCAUUUCAGCUGUUGCUGUGUUUUUCUUAUGGGUUUUCUACAUAGUUUUAUCAUCAUUACAAGCACAACAUAUUAUAGAUGUCGGCUUUUAAAUUGUUUUUUAAAAAAGUCUUUAGAUUUGAAUGGAACCACGGUACUUUAAAACACGGAUGAUUUUAUAGAUGGAUAAGUAUUUGGAAUAUACAUGUAUAUAUAUAUAUAUAUAUAUACGAGAAGGAGAUCGCAGACUGGAGUUAAGUGAAAGACUUUGAGGAAUACAUCGAUCAUUGUAAAAUAAGAUCAGCUGUUAAAUAAGACAGUUAAUUACCUACUUUAUAGAAAGUGGUAUCAGUUACCUUUUACUGAGCAAGAAAAUCGUUGCUUCGCGUAUUAGAGUACCAUAAUGUUUGGACCAUAUUUAUCUUACUUUAUUAGAGCGACCAAACAUGGAAUUACACGCCAGCAUUUCAUUAGGUGAAAUGAACUACCAGAAGUGUGGUUAGGGCUAAAUGAUUAUCCAUAGGAAGUCUAGUGGUACAUAUGAACAGUAUAAAACUAAAAACAUAACAUUAAAAUACUUUAUUGUGAUUCUCGAAUAAUGGCAAUCAGAUAUGGUGUCCCAUUCAGAUACUAGGGGAUUCUGUGAAGAUAUGUGACCAUAUACUGUUGUCAAAUAGCAAAGUUGGUCGGUUCGAAUGACAAUUAUAACAUAAAAUAUAGUGCAAUAUAGACAAUAAAUAUAAGUGAAACCAUUAAUCUGUCAGCUACCAAUCGUCUGUCAGAUUAUAUGAGAUUAAAAGAUUAACGUCCAGUAUGGAUUUAAGAUAUUAAAAGGAGCACAUAUUAAAUAUUAAGGUUCAAUCAAUGAGUAGCGAAUGAAAGAAAGAAAGAAGAAUAAAUGCAGAAUCUAAUCACCAUUAUAAUACUUUCAAAAAAGUUAAAAAAAACUAUUUUAUGGGUAACGUGUUCAAUAAUUAUCAUAUUAUUUUAUUAAAUUUGUUUUCUCCCUGUACCUAUUGCGGAUAGUUAAAACCUUAUAUUAACAGACGGAGAUCGUGCAUGAAAUUUAAUCAUCUGAUUCACGUCCUAAGCAGAUUUUCGAAAUAUUUUGUGGGCCAUCUGUGGCCUUAUGUUCAGCCACCUUGAAAGUAGGGUCGCUAGAAUUUGGGUUGAUUCGAAUCUAUAUUUUUGGUGGAGCGACAUUAAAACUUUACAUAUUAUCAAGGCAGACUUGCUUCCACUGACCUAAAUGGGAAACAUUGCGCAACCAUUUUCAAUUGCAGCGUUCCAUUUUGUGACAGAAUACGUCUGGGGUUUUUGUCCUUUACUAUAUGUUUUAAAGGUCAAAGAAGACUUUUCACUGAGACGGUACUAGUUUUAAUUGUGUUUUUGGAUUUACAGAAGCUAUAUUUAAAAUAUGGAUUGUUGGAUAAAUCCAUUUUAUCAAUUAUUUUUAUAUAUUAUAAAUGCCUUACAAAAACAAAUGUUAUUGUAAAUAUUGCUUGUUAUGAAAUUUUGAAUUGUUAUUAUUAUUAUUUAUAUACUCACCUGUUGCUUUUCUCACCUUGUCAAAUUAUCUUAUCAUGGCCUAUGUAGGCUAAUGUCAUGUACAUACUCCCGCUUCUGUUUUACAUUUCUUCUCCUGAAUCAAUUUUAUCACAAAGUUAUUUACACUAAGUUCUAAAUAACAUUGAUUUGACUGACUUGGCAGAUUUGUUUUCAAAGGCCUAUUUUUACUAUCGAUUACGCAAACAGGUAAGACAAAGUUUUUUAAUGUCCAAAUAUACGUAUGCAUAAAUCCGAUUUUUGACAGGACUGUUUGAAACGUUUCGUUGAUGGCGCUGUGCAGCUUUACUCCAGAGGGGCAAAUGACUGGGCAAAUGAAGACGGGCAUACGAUAUGCCAUGUACUGUGAAGGAAUUUUUCCCCCAACAGCGAACAACUAGAUACUGUUCCUUGCAAGAACGAUUGAUUAUUUCUAUAACAUUCAAUAAGAAUGUUAGAGAAGUGAUGUUUAUUUUGAUUGUUCAAAUGAAGUGGCCAGGUCGGCAACCAAAAUCUCCGGAGGACGCUGUGGUUGCAUGAUAAGGAAACUAGGCUUCAGCCCAUAAUCACGGUUUGGCUUCUUACUUGUCAGGGUGGUGUGUCGGAUUGGCAAGUAUCCAUUUUUGUGGAACGAAAAUCGAGAAAAGAAGACGUUAUAAUGUGCACGAUUCACGUCAUUACAUAAACAACCAUAGAAAUACAAAUUACUGUGUUAAGUCUCAAAAUUACUUACGUAUAGUGUCGAGUGGCGUCAACAACCCCCCAUCCCAUUCCAAAGUGCUCGAUAGAUAGGUCUGUUUUCAUCCAGAUUUACAACAGUUUCUCAACCACUGAUGCAAAUUCUACAUCCCCGACUUAUCACAUAACUUUAAUCAAUAAAACACUUUAGGAAUGUUGGUUUUGUAGUACUAUAAAAAUAUGUAGAGUAAAGUUGGGAGAUAUCAGCCUCGGUGUUUGCACAUAAAAUAUCGAUGGACCUGUGGACAGAUUAGGUAUAUUUAUUAUAUAACGAUUAUAAAAUGAAAUUAUUACAAUAGGAAUUGCGGAGAUGACGUAUUAUUAGUAAAAUAAAUAUCUGAUAGUUUGUAAAACAAAGGUCUGCAAUCAACGUAUCAGAUCAGAUUUUUGAAGAACCGAUAACUUAAAGAUGCAUUUUGUAAGAGCCGACAGUCUCGCUAUAAAAAAAAAUAGAUAAUGAAAGGGAAACAUGUUGAAAAUUUCAGUCAAAUUACUUUAUUCUGGGCGAAGUUAUUUCCGUCAGAAGAACAGUGUGAUUGGUCUCCGUUGUCAUUGCUACCGUUGUUACGAUAAUAAACAAAGUCUCGGUUAUCCAUUUUUUAAAUUAAAUCCGUUGAAAAUCAAAACCAUCCGAUGUUCUACAGCGUUGAUUAUGGGCUGGUCAUGUUAAUAAAUGUCUAAUUAAUGAUUUAUAUAACGAAGAUAUGCAUAAGUCAGAUUUAGCUCUUACAUAAUGCAUCUUUAAUUGGGCAUUAUAAAUGUCACGGAAAAAAUAAACGAUUUUUUUUAAUAAUUUGUAUUCAAAAUAAUUGUAGACUUACCUUGUUAUUGAAAAUGCAUGUACUAUAAAUAUGCACGACUAGUAAUUGAAAGUUAAAAUUUUGAUAUUUUAUGGAUAAUUCUGUAGAUUUGUGUAAGAUUUUGCAUGCAAUUUAAGGCGAACAUCGUCCAUGUAACUGGAUAGAGUAAUUGGGUCAUUCUUGACAAACCUAUUCGAAGCACUCAGUAGGUUGUUCUUUCGCAAAUUCAUUUUUAAGCUUUAUCUCGCCUAUCGAUAGGUCUAGUAUUUAUUUCCAGUUUAUGGUUCUAGGAAACAAUAUUAUAAAAACUUGAAUAACUGAACACAUUUAUUAAUA